AUGGCCGCGGUCCACCUCCUCCUGUGUGUUCUCUUGAUCCAUUCGAAGUGCGAGUCGGGCGUCGGCCAGUUUAAUGCUCAGUGUGCAGGUAGCACAUUGGUCAUCUUUGGAUGCUUGCAAUCGCUUUCAGUGGCCCUUGGCGGGCCCGUUCGCGUCAUGCACGCUCUGCUCCACCGUAACACGUCGCUCUUUAGACAAGGCACUGCGGCUGCUGGCAUCGCAACGCUGGUGAUGCCCUUGCGAGGUGAGCGCGGCUCUGGCUUGUGGUUUUUCGUAUGCCUGGGAGCUCCAGCCUGCAGGGAGCAUUCCCGCACCCUCUAUCUUGCGACAGUUACCGCAACGUGCAUCGACAGCUGUCUGGCGUGCGGUAUGUUCUGGGCGCUUGCGCGCGGCCGCGACUUCGCAGCGGUGCCGUCACCGUUGAAAAAGGAAUCCGCCGCAAAUGGGCAAAACACUACGCAUAAGGGCUCUGCUGCGACCACCCAGUAA